AUGGAUACCAAGGACAGUAGUAUAUUGACGAGGUUCACCAGGCUGCGCAAAAAGGCCCAACAACCGCUAACGGAUUUGACGGAGCUGUACAGUCAGAUAGCUAACGAAUCAAUAUACUACCUCAAAUUAGAAGAUCAGCAUGACUACAAAAAAGCUGUCCAAGGGUGGAAAGCUUUGAAUACACACGUUUUGUAUGAAUUAACUCAAAUAGAGCAUAGCUAUCCCAAUAUGCGCUCAUACACGAGAGACGAAAUUAGCAUUCAAAAUGGUGUUAGGGAAUUGUACCAUAAGAGUCUACAACAUCUGGAACGUGUGCAAAAGCUUUACAAGGAGAGCAGUCCUAAUGAAACAGAGCGAUCCCCGUCUGCUUCUUUUGUGAAACGCCCUCCUGUGCCGAUUCCGCCUUUACCCUCGAGGUCGAUGCUAAAAACUUUGCGAGACCCCAGGAUGGCUCACAACAAAAUGCAUUCUACAGGCUCCAGUGCCACCAAUUCGCGCAACAAUAGCAAUACAGCUAAAAUCAAUUUUACGAGCUCAAAGCCACUUCAAACCGAGACUGCGUUCGACGGUUUCGAAGAAGAACAGAAUCUCAUCGACCUCUCAGACAAUGAGGAUUACAAGCCUUUAAUCAUCGACUCCCAAAACACAUCAAACAAAAUAUCAGAUUUUGACUUUAAUGAUUAUUUCGAUAAUUACAUGAGCAUUGAGGAAGAGGAAAUGAAAAGAUUAGAAGCAUUAAACCAUUUAGAGGGACUGCAUAAAAGCAUUGAUGAUUUAUCGAUCAAAUCGCCCAGCGCUUCAAGUACCAAACAGACUGUUUCUUUGAAAGAAACGAAAUCAACACCUACGCUUGUUCAAGAAAGUGCUACUCCUCAAAUAACGAAAAAGGCGGUACCGAAAAGCGUGAGGAAUGUCACUAAACCCAUAAAAAAGAGUUCCUCGACAACCUCUGCUCCACGGCCGCAUGCAAUGACUGCAAAAUCUACACCAGUUCUUCGUAAGAAGCCUUUGCAUACAUCCGAAAAGCCAAAUGCUGUUCUUAAUAGUAGGGUUGUCAGGAACGGUGUUCAAAGUAAGAAACCAGCGAUUAAUCAACCGGCCAAAGCGACUAGAACUGUACAACGGCCACAAGCUCGAAAGCCAGGUCGUCCUGCAAAUAACGAAUCUAGUAGUCAAUCUAGUUCACUCAAGAAGCAGCAAUCACCUCCCAAGAAAACUGCUCCCCCAAAAAAGACUGCUCCUACUUCAGAAGCAAGUGGCUCAUCAGAUCCAUCAGUGACAAAAAAAGACAAUGUAUCUGAUGAAACUGCGCAAUUGAAAGAUGCCCUCGAAGACGAGAUCAUUGAACAACUGCGGGGGGUUGACAAAACUGCAGCAAAGCAAAUUUUCUCCGAAAUUGUGGUUCAUGGCGACGAGGUUCAUUGGGAUGAUAUUGCAGGACUUGAAAGUGCGAAGAGCGCGUUGAAAGAAGCUGUCGUUUAUCCCUUUUUGCGGCCCGACUUAUUUCGCGGUCUCCGAGAGCCUGUUCGUGGCAUGUUGCUAUUCGGACCACCAGGUACCGGUAAAACUAUGCUGGCCAGAGCAGUCGCGACAGAGUCGCGAUCCACUUUCUUUUCAAUAAGCGCAUCCAGUCUAACUUCCAAGUACCUGGGAGAAAGUGAAAAGCUUGUCAGAGCACUGUUCGCUGUUGCUAAGAAGCUUUCUCCUUCUAUUGUCUUUGUUGAUGAGAUUGAUUCAUUAAUGGGCAGCAGAAACAAUGACGGUGAAAAUGAAUCAAGUCGCCGGAUCAAGAACGAAUUUUUAGUGCAGUGGUCGUCGCUCUCCAACGCUGCAGCGGGCAACGAAUCGGGCGACGAGGAGGAGGACGAGCGUGUACUCGUGCUUGCCGCAACUAAUCUGCCGUGGUCUAUAGAUGAGGCUGCUAGAAGGAGGUUUGUCAGAAGACAAUACAUUCCUCUGCCCGAGUCUCAGACGCGCAGUGUUCAGUUUACCAAGCUUCUCGCCAAUCAAAAACACACCCUCACAGAGCAGGAUCUCCUCGAGCUGCUAGACUUGACAGAAGGAUACUCCGGAAGCGAUGUUACCUCCCUAGCAAAGGACGCUGCUAUGGGGCCAUUACGGGAACUAGGUGAUAAACUCUUAUUCACACCGCGAGAUCAGAUUAGACCCAUCACGUUACAAGACUUCAAGAAUAGUCUUAAUUACAUCAAACCUUCCGUAUCUCAAGAGGGCCUCGAACAAUACGAGGAGUGGGCAGUUAAAUUCGGAUCAUCUGGUGUAUAA